AAUAUGAUAUUUUGGAUUUUAUUUGUAUUUUUCUAGUUAGGAUAUGCUUCAUGGAACCUAAAGUAUUAAUUUAUUUUGCCUAGAGUGAUAUGCUGAGUACUUUUCUUGAUCAACGCCUUCCUCAAAGUAAUGACUCAGUGAAGAACAUGAUUGAGUAUACUUUGGAGUCACCUUCUGUAAAUUGGAAGUCUGGAAAACAGAAGAAUAAUGAUAGUGGCAUUUAUACUAUGGUCAGCAUGCUUUACUUUGAUGGAGCUGAUGUGUUCGACUGCGAUGUUUUGAAAACGGUUUCAACUAGACGGACAUUGAGAGCUCAGAUUGCUGCUACUCUGGUAUUAUCUGAUAUGAACAUUGUCAGAGAUGAAGUUCUUGAAAAGCUAUCUGAAUUCAGAUUAAUAAGGAGUCAAGUUGCAAAAGAUGUUUUUGAUGGGAUUAAGAAGAAAACAAAGCAAGGUAAAAAGGAAAAGAAAGUAUAGGCAGACUAACGAAUAUGUGGAUGAAGUUUUUUGCUCGGAAGUAUUUGUAUUUUGCACAGAAGUAGGAAAUCUAAUGUAAUGAUGUAGUUUGCAUCAACAAAUGGAUAAUCUAACAAAAUUGUAUAAGUGUUAAUAUAGAACAAUAUGAUAUGAUUCCAGUUCAUACAAAGCUUUUGAAUUGGUGGUAUUGGUAGUUCUUUUGAUAUGUAAUCUUUAAUUGACAUUCAAGAAGUUUAGUGAAAUAUAUAUUAGUUAUAAAUUUGGCGCCUAUGUUAUAAAAAAAUGGUACCUAUGUUAUUUAAAAAGGUUUCUAUAUGAUAAGGUCACUAUGUAUUUAAAAAGGUAUCUAUGUUAUUUAAAAGGUUUCUAUAUUAUAAGGUCACUAUGUAUUUAAAAUGUUAUUAGUUCAAUGUGUUAUAUAUAAUUAAGUUAUAAUGCAAAAUUAUCACCAUAUUCAUUAUUAUAUUUUGUAUACAUAUGUGACA